UACGUUAUUUUAAAAAAAUAAUUUUAAUUAGUUUUUGUAUAAUAUAGGAGAGCAGUAGUAAUAAAUAUACAGUAAUUAGUUGUUAAACAAAACGACAUCCAAAAAAAAAAAAUGUCUAAAUUUAAUAUAUUUUGUAUAACUAUUAUCACAUUAAUUGUGAUUACCGCCGAAAUUGAUUGUCUGACCACUAAUCCGACGGCCAGACAGCUAAAAGAUGCCAUCAAAGUAUUGGACGAUUUUCUCAUUUAUCUUGAAAAUAAAAUAGCAUUGAAAUCACGUAACAUCGGGUCGUCGGCACCGGGCGAUGAUAGUGGUAAUAGUGCUAGACAACCAGCCUCACCAGCAGCACCUGCUCAACCAAUUAGUGUUGGCGGUAAUGGACAGCCAGCGCCGGCAGUUAAUAAAUCAUGCAAUCCCAGAACUAGCCCUAACAAUGGUGGACAGGGAGCUACUGCACCUCCUCCACCACCACCAAGCUUCCUACUCGGUGGUGGCGAUGGUCCACUAGCUAGCAAUGAUAGAAUAUUGAGUGGAGGACAAGCAGCUAGCAAUAACAGUGCUGCUGCUGCUGCUGCUGCUGCACCAGUAGCCAAUGUUAGUGUUGCCGGUGAUGGACAACCAGGACCGGCAGUUAAUAGAUCAUGCAGUCCGAAAACUAACCCUAACAAUGGCUUGAAUGGUGGACAGGGAGCUGCUGCUCCACCACCACCACCACCAUCAAGCUUCCUACUCAAUGGUAGUGGUAGUCCAGUAGCUAGCAAUGCUGGACCAGCACCAUUAGGUGGUGGACAAGUAGUAGCUAGCAAUAACAGUGCUGCUGCUGCAGCAUCAGUAGCCAAUGUUAGUGUUGGCGGUGAUGGACAGCUGGCAGAGCCGGCACUUAAUAGAUCAUGCAGUCCCAAAACUAACCCUAACACUGGCUUGAAUGGUGGACAGGGAGCUGCCGCUCCACCACCACCACCACCGUCAAGCUUUUUAUUAAAUGGACCAGUAGUUGGAGCACCACUGACUGGCCUGUUAGGUAACGCUAGCAGCAGUAGUAGUGGUGGAGGACAAGUAGCUAACGCUAGCAACAGUAGUAGUAGUGGUGGUGGACAAGUAGCUAACUCUAGCAGCAGUGACGGUAGUAGUGGUGGUCGACAUAUAGCUAACUCAAGCAGCAGUGGCAGUGGUGGACAAGUAGCUAAAGCUAGCAGCAGUAGUGGUCGACAUGUAGCUGACCCCAGCGGCAGCGGUAAUGGUGGACAAGUAGCUAACGCCAGUGUCAGCGGUAAUGGUAUUAGUGGCGGACAAGUAGCCAACUUAACCAUCAGUGGUGGUGCUCAAGUAGCUAACGCUAGCGUCAGUAGUGUAGGUGCUGGUGCUGGUAGUGGUAGUGUCCCGGUAGCCAACAAUGGUGGAUUGGUGGGAGGCGCCCUCUAAACAACAACAAAAAACACAGUAACAAUCCCUACCCCUAACCCCCAUCCCAAUGGGUUAUUAAUAUAAAAUUUUAUUUAUUUUUUUUUAAAUAAUAUUUGUCUAAAACUAACUAAAUUUAUAUU